AUGUUUCUUUCAUUUUUCUGUUAUGGUAUCAAAGAACAACUCAAAGCUUCUUCAAUGGCUCGAACUAGAAAAUCCUCUACCUUCAUUCGAGACCCACCUGAAGCUCCGAUGAACAAUGAUCAUCGUCCUCCUCCACCUGAAGAUCCACCUGCGCCGACUGUGCACAACAAUGGUGGCCAAACCUCUGCCUCCAAUCGCUUUGCUCCUCUGGAAACACAGGAUCGAGCCACCCAUGAAGAUGCCAGAAAUCCAUAUUUCUUGGGUAAUGGAGAUCAUCUUGGAAUCAUCCUUGACUCACCUCCUCUCACAGACAAAAUUUUUCAACAAUGGCGCUGGGAUUUCAUGUUAUCAAUUUGGGCCAAGAACAAGAAAGGUUUCCUCAAUGGAAAACUCCCUCAACCACAUCCCUCAGAUCCAAACUACAAUGCUUGGCACCAAUGUGAUCAAAUGAUCAUGUCUUGGAUUAUCCAUUUGGUGUCUCCUGACAUUAAAAGUAGCAUCAUGUUCUUAGACUCAGCUGCUGCCAUGUGGGAACAACUGAACAAUCGGUUCAAUCAAGGGAAUGGGCCUCGCAUUUUUGAGCUUCGGCAAACCCUGAUUCGUCUCCAUCAAGGUGAUGAUUUUGUUUUGCAAUUUCUUACUGGCCUUAAUGAAUCUUAUCAUGCUGUUAUUGAUCCUUUUCCCUCAUUAUCCAAAGGUUUCUCCAUGAUUGUUCAAGAGGAGAGACAAAGAAAUCUUGGUCCUUCCAAUAAUCCUAAUUUGGUUGCUGCCUCAACAAAUACUCAGCUUCCAAAUCUCACUCCCAAUUUUCUUGCUGCCUCUACCACUACUCAAAUUGCAUUACACCUGAACAAGAUGAUUGGGAUUGCUGAAAGAAUUGGUCAUCUAUACUUUCUGCAAAAAAAUCCUCAUUUUUUGCAUUCUUGUUCUUCUGUACAAUCUCAAAACUCAUGUAAAGAUGUUCAUAAAUGGCAUACUCGCCUUGGACAUCCUUCAUUACUUGUUACAAAUUCUCUCAAUAAAGAUUUGAACUUUUUGCCUUCUACUUUUUCUGCUCGUUGCAAUAUAUGUCACCUAGCUAAACAAAAAAAACUACCAUUUAUAUCUCAAAAUAACAUAGCCCCUGUUGCUUUUGAUCUUGUUCAUAUGGAUAUAUGGGGUCCUUUUCAUACUAUUAGCAUAGAAGGAUUUAGAUUCUUUCUCACUAUUGUUGAUGACCAUACAAGAUUCACAUGGGUUUAUAUGUUAAAAUCUAAAUCUGAUGUACAAUUUCUUAUUCCACAAUUUUUUUCUUACAUUUCUACACAUUUUUCUGCCACUAUAAAGGCACUUAGAUGUGAUAAUGCAAAAGAGUUAAAUAUGACUUCCUUUUAUGCUAAAGGCAUUCAAUGA